UAUCAGCCAGAUCUCCUCACAGAACGGACAGGCGGGCCAUCCAGCGGGAUGAGAACAAGAAAAGCUACGAGUGUACGAGUUGAAGUUGUUGUAGAUGUUAGCCGUGUAUCCAGGGUCGGUGCUCUUGACGUGUCCCGGGAUGGAGACGCCGCUGAAGCUCUUGGAGCCUCCGCCAGUGACCUUGACUUGAGCGCACGAGAUGUAGAAUUGAGGGGUGGAGCCGGGGUUGUGGAUGGCGAGCUGCUCGAUGCGGACGAGGUACUCGCCGGCGGGCACGCACGAGGGGAUGUUGACAGAGUACUUGGUCGACAUGUCCCAGGUGGCUUGGCCGCCGUUGAAGGUCGGGCCAAUCUCCUUGAUCUUGAACCAUGGGGUAGAUCCGUCGGCGGCGGAUGCGGAGUCGACCUUGGUCAUGUAGCUGUUGGGGGUGGUGGGCCCUGGUGGUAGACAGCUACGUCGGCUUCGAAUGUCAAAGCUGAUCCAGCUGCCACGGAGACUGUGGUGGUGUCCGCUCCGGAUCCACCACCGACGUUGCAGCGCAAGUCCUUGUCGGCAAGGUCCGUCACGGGAGAGUUGUUGUUGGUGUUUUUGCGGAUGUUCUGGUAGACACCUCCCUGAGCACCGUUGGCAGUGAGCUUCUGGAAGAUGUAGUGACCGUUGACAGCCUCGAGGAAGAGGGCGCUCGCAAGAGCAGCGGUGGAGAUGAACUUCAUGUUUAAGGUUUGGCUGAAAAGGCUCGAUGGGAUACUGAGGUGAAAUGAACGAUUGUCGAAGUGAAUGUCGAUGUAGUGGAUCUAGGAGUGUGCCAUUUGCUUCUCU